AGUGAGAUUCGCGAAUUUGUGGUUGGUGGUGUGUUCAUCAGUGCUUGAGGUUGUGUUUCGCACAAAUUGGUGACGGAGUGUUUUACAGUUUUGGCAGAAAUUCACAGAAUUAAGAGAAACAAAACAGUUCUAUACCGUUGGUUGUGCGCUGCUGCGGAGAAGUUAUCGUUCAAGAAGGAAUUCGGUUCCGCGUUUGGAAGUGAUUGUGCUAACUAAAUCCGGUGGUGUUCAGUGAAUUCCGGUUCACAACCGAUUUUAAGAUUUUCUCGAAAAACCUAGAAUUUUUACUCAAGUUUGUACUCAUCCCGCUAGUCGCCAUGUUCGCGCUUUGGUACUUUUCGCUCGCCGUGGACGAAGUCAGAAAACGUUUUAGUUUCAUUGAUCGAAUUCUUACGUUCUUAACUGGCAAGUCAGUAACGGAUAAGCAACCGGCAAUUGAAUCGGAAAAACCCGAAGAUACUGUAUCGACUGAAUCCAAUGUAUCUUCCACGCCUGACCCGAUUCCUUACACUGACAUACCUGUCCCACCCAAGGUCAGUCCUGCACCAGCUCCAAAACCAACAGAAAAACCCAUUCUCAAACCAGCUCCGGCACCGCCGGCUCCCAAACCUGUUGAACAGCCAAAGAUUACCGUUCCCGAACCCAAACCAAAAGUUGAAGUCCCCUCAACUCCCGAACCAAAGCCUGAACCAAUUAAGCAAUCGAAACCAGUUCCGACUCCCAAGGUAGAACCAGCACCUGUCGCCAAGCCCGCCAAACCUUUGGAACCGGUCACCAAUGGUCAACCGAAAGCGCCCGAACCAGCCAAGGUGGCGCCCGUUGAUCUUGUGAAACUAACCGACGAAAGCUCGAACUCACAUUCUUCCGCAGCAUCCAUCGGGAUGGAACUGAUCAGCACCAACGAGGACAGCUUCAUCAUUGUCGAAAAGCAAAAACCAAAGCCAACCGACAGCAACGGUGCCACUAACACCACAACCAAGCCGGCAACAAACGUGAAAAAUUCGACCCUUGAUUUUCUGAGAGCCGAAGGUGGUGGCGGAUCUGCUGCCGUCGCCGGUCCGGCUAAGCCAAGAAACAAAUCAGACACCAUGGUUGACGCUGCCGUUAUGGAAAAGAUGGAAGCUGGCUUCGCCAAGCUGGCCGCCUCGGACUCCAAGUCCCUGCUGAAGAAGUAUCUGACCAAGGAAGUCUUCGACGCUCUGAAGAACAAGAAGACCUCGUUCGGAUCCACCCUGCUGGACUGCGUCCAAUCUGGUUUCGAGAACCACGAUUCCGGCGUUGGCAUCUACGCUCCCGAUGCUGAGGCAUACUCCGUGUUCUCGGAUUUGUUCGACCCCAUCAUCGAGGACUACCACAAGGGCUUCAAGAAGACCGACAAGCACCCAGCCGCCGACUUCGGUGAUGUUGCCUCGUUCGGCAAUGUUGACCCCACUGGCGAGUUCGUCGUGUCGACCCGUGUCCGUUGCGGUCGCUCGAUGGAGGGCUACCCCUUCAACCCGUGCCUGACCGAGGCCCAGUACAAGGAGAUGGAAGACAAGGUUUCCUCCACCCUGUCCGCCCUGGAAGGUGAGCUGAAGGGCAAGUUCUACCCAUUGACCGGUAUGGACAAGGCCGUCCAGCAGCAGCUGAUCGACGAUCACUUCCUGUUCAAGGAGGGCGAUCGCUUCCUGCAGGCCGCCAACGCUUGCCGUUUCUGGCCAACUGGACGUGGUAUCUACCACAACGACAACAAGACCUUCCUGGUCUGGUGCAAUGAGGAAGAUCACCUCCGCAUCAUCUCCAUGCAGAUGGGUGGCGAUCUGGGACAGGUCUACCGUCGUCUGGUCACCGCCGUCAACGACAUCGAGAAGCGCAUCCCAUUCUCGCACCACGACCGUCUCGGUUUCCUGACCUUCUGCCCAACCAACCUGGGAACCACCAUCCGCGCCUCGGUCCACAUCAAGGUCCCGAAAUUGGCCAAGGACUACGCCAAGCUGGAAUCCAUCGCCGACAAGUACAACCUGCAGGUCCGUGGCACCCGCGGCGAACACUCCGAAGCCGAGGGCGGUAUCUAUGACAUCUCCAACAAGCGCCGCAUGGGUCUGACCGAGUACCAGGCCGUCAAGGAGAUGUACGAUGGCAUUUCUGAACUCAUCAAGAUUGAAAAGUCGCUGUAAAUCAAAACUCCCCCUACUAAUCCUACACUAACACAAAGCAAAAAGUAAAACGUUAAAAUAAAAGCCAAAAAAAGUAAUAAAACAAAAUCGUUAAAAUUUUGAUUAUUUUUUGAAAUGUACACCACCAUACAAAACACCACCCAUUACUAAAACAAAGGCACAUGCUCUAUCGUUGGUACCCCACCGGAAGAUCCUCUGGGUUCCUCGCUCUUCGCCAGUGCACAUUGAUGUUCUCCUCGCACUCCAAACUAGGAAGAAACCGUGUAGAUCACAGUUUCGCUUCAGCUGAGCUGCCUGGCAGACGACAAUUCGACCAUCCCCUUCUCCAACAAACCUCUGCACUUCCGGGCAGGCCGAGACCCAGAGUGAUCCCGAUCAAUCGUCUCACUCGAUUUGCGGCAGCGGCUGCCUCGGCCAACGAGAAGCAGCCUCCGAGCCAAUGCAAAUCGAUCGAUGACGACGCAGGGUACCUCCAUUUCAUCCCACAUUCUUUUGUGUAAUUUAACUUUUCUCUGUGUAACUUCAUCUUCGUAACUUUAAGAAACCGUUUGAUUUCGAUCUGCGCUGUUUUGUUGUAUCACGUAGAGUUACUACACUUUAUUGUCAGUUGUGUAUUAUUUUCAUAAAAUAGUCACUAACCAACAACCAAAGGGAAUCCUACAUUAAAGUAGAAGAUUCGAAACAAAAGGAAAAAAAUGAGAAGAAAUGAUAACGGAGAAGACGCAUACGAAUGAAUGUUGCUUGUCAACAGUAUUUUUGGUAUGAAACAGAGUUGCAUCGAACCAGUUCCCGCCGAAACAGGUCCCGAUUGUGCACUCAUAGCGUGGAAAGCGAAUAAAGACGCCUGAAAUUUCAAAUUUACUCAUUAUUUUAAAGAAUAAAAAAACUGAUUAAAACAUAG